CGUAGUGGGGCGGGCCGAUGUCAUAGCGUGUGUGUUCUUCCUCUCUUCUCUGCUGCUGUACCAUGGGUCUAGCCGGCAACGCGUGUGGUGGUCGGUGUGUCUGGCGGCGCUGUCGAUGCUGGCGAAAGAGACGGGCUACACCGCGCUGCUGCUCAACCUCGCCGUCGACGUGUACCGCAGCUGGGGCGUUAUCAACAAGUGGCCAGUGAAAUCCCGGUGGAAAGCGACCUGGUGGCGCGUGUGGCGCUGCACCGCUGGUCUACUGCUGCUCGGAGCGCUGCGACUGGCGCUGCUGCAGGGGUCUCUACCCAGCUUCUCCCCUCAGGACAACCCUCCUGCCUUCCACCCGUCGUUCACUGUCAGGCUAAUGACAUUCUGCUACCUAGCUGCGUUCAACUGGUGGCUGCUGAUCUGCCCGUGGACGCUGAGCCACGACUGGCAGAUGGGCUCCAUACCCCUGGUCACCAGCGGUGCUGACCCCCGCAACCUUCUCACCUGCGCUGCCAUCAUUGCUCUGGUCGCGAUGUCAUAUAGAUGCUGGCUAGAUCUAGAAUUCCAACGCCACUCGCCGCUGGUGGUAGGUCUACUGUUGCUGGUGGUGCCGUACCUGCCCGCCUCCAACAUGCUAGUUACCGUGGGCUUCGUGGUGGCCGAGAGAGUGCUGUAUAUACCCAGCAUCGGCUCAGCUAUCAUCACGUCGUACGGAGUCCAGCUGCUUUGGCGGCGUAAGCGCAUGCGGCGCGCGGUGGUGCUCAGCGUGGCCAUAUUAGUCGCCGCAAGCGCUGCACGAACCUACUGUAGGAAUAGAGACUGGAGGACCAGGGAGACUUUGUUAAGGGCGGACCUGGCUGUGCUACCUCACAACGCGAAGUUACACUACAACUUCGCUAACUUCCUGAAAGACGUGGACCAACCAGAGACCGCGAUCAAACACUACCGGGAGGCGCUCAGGCUGUGGCCAUCCUACGCGAGUGCUCACAACAAUCUCGGCACGCUGCUGCCGGCGGAGCGCGCCGAGCACCACUUCCUGCAGGCGCUGACGCACAACCGCGACCACGUCAACGCCAGAUAUAACCUCGCGAAGCUGUACAGGAAAAAGAAUCGUACAGAAGACUCUUUGAGGAUGCUCCGUCGCUGCAUCACCCUGGAGCCAGGCUUCGUGGCGGCACAUUUAGAGAUACUUCACGUUCUGCCAGAAGGAGAGAAGAGAGAGACUUUAGACAAGCUGCUACAGCUGGAACCCGGGAACUGGGAACACUAUCUCCUUUAUGGGGAUUGGUAUAAAGGGAAAGGUCUAUGGCCGCUAGCGCUACAGCAGUACACGUCAGCGCUGCGCGUGUCGCUGCGCGGGACUCGCGGCGCGUUGCCGGCGCUGCGGGCGACAGCGCUGCUGCUGCGCGACACUGGACAGCACGCGCGAUUGCUGCAGAUAUUGAUACGGUAA